AUGGCCAUGGGUGUCGUUGCUGAGCCUCCAGCGUGUGAGGUGGCAGUCGAUGUCCUGACAACAGAUGAGCAAUUUAACCGGUAUCACAAGUUAAUAAGGGUUGGUAGACAAUACUGUAAUCUUACCGAACUGGCUACUUUUGGAUUUGGACACAAAGGUAAGGCUCCGAUGCUGGGGGAGAUGGGUUUUUUUUGCCCUACCUGCCCACAACCGGGAGUCAACCUUCCUGAUGACUGGAACAAAAACCCCAAUGAUCCUACUAACUGGAAGUAUACCAGAGGAUUUGUAGCCGAUGGCAAUUUCACAGCAGCCCACCAAAAACAGGCACGGCCCAAAGAUGAUGUUUGGCUUAAAAAUGGGGAUAGUUUCAUGAUGCAAAGAGGACCUUAUUUGAGCCACCUUCAGGACAUGAUUGAAGAUAAUGAUCCGAGGACAUGUCAUGAGCACAAUGCUAUCAACAACAAGAAUGUAUUUCACCGAGGUUUUGAUGCUACUGGAAUUGGAGCCAUUGCUUGCCUUCGACAUGGCACCUUUUGUCCGGGUUCAGUGGUAGAUUUUCAAAAGGGAGAAAGGCAAAUGAACAUGGACUAUGCCUUGUGCCAGGCUCUGAAGAAUACCAUGACCGGUGAAGAAAAAAGGGUUAUUUUUGUCUAUGACAUCAACUGCCAGUAUAUGCCGGGAUCAGCUUAUUCCAUGUCCAUGGCCAUCAAGAAAUAUGCUUUCCAUGAUUUGCCCCAACAUUCAUCCCCAGGGCCGGUCAAACAGAUGGAGAGAUAUUGGAGACUUUGUGGGCUGUUCUCAACGAGCCUUUGCAAGAAGUGGAAGCGAGCAAAACUCGGGCUCUCCGAGAGCUUCCAGGCUCUUGAAGAAUUAAGUGCCUCAGCAAGUAAGGAACAGAUUCAAGAAUGGGAGCAACAGAUCAAAACGGCAAAUUUGAACCAGGCAAAGGACCUUUCCGCCAUGGACAUCUAUUACGUCAAGGUCAAGGAAGCCGAGACCGAAAAGGGCAUUCGGCUAAAACUUAUGACUAAAGAACAGGCAGGCAAGGUCAAGCCGGGGUUAACUGGAUGGGUAAACACCGGUAUCAAAAUUCAGGAAGCCCAAGCCGAAUUGGCCGCCUUUGUGAAGGCUCAAGGCAGUCGUCCAAGUGCCGAUCAGAAGCUGGAGAUAAUGAAACGUCGAGAGAAGCUGUCCAAGCGACUUGAAGAGUUUUCCGAGGCUGGUCAAGGCCAUUUUCCCAACUUGGAAAUUAACGAAGGAACUAUUCAUGAUCCACCGCUCUCGGAGGAUAUUGUGGAUGACGAUGACUGGAGCGAUUGUGAUGAAGAGGAAACCCCAGCACCGAGCAUACCCAGUUUGCCUGAUCAGGGAUAUGGAUCGGCCGAACAUCAACAAAUCCUCUUACCAUCCUCAUUUCAAGCAGCCCUCCUCCCUACAUCACUGGGAGAAGCCCGGUGCGUAGAGAUAGAAUUGAGAGUGGCCCAGGCAAAUAACACUCUGAAGCGUUUACAGGAAGCCAUUGGUUACAAGUCAUUCCUUUAUCGGAAGAGAAUUCGAGCCGAGAAAUCGAAAAAACGUGUAACUCGGGCUUACGAUGCUGUACAAGGAUCAGAUCGCGAUAUGAAAAGUGCUCUCCAGGCAUACAACCAAGCUCGAUGGGCUCUUAAUCAGCUCAAUGCUCCUCAGGGCACUCGUGACCGAUACAAGCCGAUAGGGAAAAAAGAUACAAGGGCACUAACUACGGUAUACGAUGGCAACGCCCGGGGUCAAAGAAAUAUUGCUCUGCCAUGGUUCUGGAAUAUGGCUGUGGCCGAUGAUUCGUCGGGUUCAACAUACAUGGAACAAGGUCAGAUCCAGUCACUUUUAUUACUCUACAUGAAUUGA